AUGCCCGAAACAGAGAGCGCAGUAUUGGCGGUAACGUCCAUAACAACAGAAACAAUACCAGAGAAUGGGCAAUUAAACACAACAAACUCUGAUCCAGACCCGUUGGAAACCCUUACCAAGCUCCCGAAUGGCGAGAUGAAGAUCAAAAAGUAUGAAAUGGCUCAGCAACCCUCCAAUGGGAAGCGAACCAGCGUGGAUGAGGCGAUCGCUCCCACCAAGCUAAAUCUUAAUUCAAAAACAUCCCGAGAAACCUUACGAGCUCCUUUCAGAAACGAAAUGAGUAUCACCAUGGAGCGUCAAUCACAGUAUACACAGACAACAACACACUCGAGUGGUAUGGACAGGCUGGGGUAUACAGAGUCACAUACGAUUGCGAUACCUGAACCUUAUUCACAAACGGAAGCCACAGGUACUGAUAGACAUAAUCGUCAGACACUCACCAGCCGCCAUCGUUUUGCAAGAGGUAACUCAUUCAAUAUCGGGCCCCAAAAACGAAAGUCACGAGCAAAAUCUAAUGAUAGAUAUGUGAUCCCUGGACAACGCGUUGUGGAAGGUCACCACAACUAUGUCAUGGCAUAUAAUAUGAUAACUGGUAUUCGAGUCGCUGUAUCCAGAUGUUCGAAGCUUCCAGGGCCUAUUAGGGAUGAGGAUUUUACGAACGUUUCAAAGCUAAUUUUUGAUAUGGAAGGGAAUACCAUGACACCAUCUACCAAAUAUGAAUUCAAAUUCAAAGACUACGCGCCCGAAGUUUUCCGUCAUCUGCGUAGCAGAUUUAACAUUGAUCAGGCUGAUUAUCUUUUGUCCCUAACGGAGCGUGUGAGUCUGACCGAGUUAGGCUCUCCUGGAAAAAGUGGAUCCUUUUUCUACUAUUCUAGAGAUUACAAGUUUAUCAUCAAAACGAUUCAUCAUUCCGAGCAUAAACAUCUUCGAAAAUGUCUCAAGCAAUACUAUGAGUAUGUGGAAAAAAAUCCACAGACAUUUAUCUGCCAAUUCUACGGUCUCCAUCGUCUAAAGAUGCAUUUCAUCACAGGAAUUCACAAAAUUCAUUUCUUGGUGAUGAACAACAUAUUCCCUCCACAUAGAGACUUGCAUGAGAAAUUUGAUUUGAAGGGGUCAACGCAUGGGCGUUUCACUAAUGUCAGUGCCGCUAAAGCCCAAGGAAAGACGUCGAUAGUCCAAAAGGACCUCAACUGGCUACAAGAUCAUCAUCGACUCAAUUUUGGACCCACCAAACGCAAGCAAAUCGCAAACCAACUAAGAAGCGACGUCCAGCUUCUUGAAACGCUCAACAUUAUGGACUACUCAUUUUUGAUUGGAGUACAUGAUCUAACUCUUGCUACGCAGCACGAUCCCUACAAUCAGCUACCAAAUUUUGAUCCUCCUGAAAUACGACAACAAUCAGCUUCUACCGCAUCUGAUGGGUACUUUGACAGCGAUGGUGGUAUUAGAGCGACAGACGAGCAAGAUAAUGAGCUACCUAUUGUGUAUUAUAUGGGAGUCAUCGAUUGCUUAACCAACUAUUCGACUUUCAAAAAGCUAGAAACAUUUUUCCGCACAUUGAACCAUAGGCGCGAAACCAUUAGUGCUGUACCCCCGGUCGAAUAUGGGCAACGGUUCCUUAGAUUUAUAGAGACUGCCAUGAAGCCCACAACCAAGUCCGCCUAG